UAAGUUCUGUCAGUCGGAAGUCCCGCCUCUCGUGCCGCUGCCACCGUCGCCGUCACCUCCUCCUUCGCCGUCGCCGCUGUUGUUGUUGUUGUCGAGGCCGGGCCCGUCCGGUCCCUUCCGCGGCUCCGAGAGCCGGCUCCGUCCCUUCUCCGACGCCGCCGCCAUGAAGUGGAUGUUCAAGGAGGACCACUCGCUGGAACACCGAUGUGUAGAGUCUGCCAAAAUCCGAGCCAAGUAUCCCGACCGAGUCCCGGUGAUUGUGGAAAAAGUCUCAGGCUCUCAGAUUGUUGACAUUGACAAGCGGAAGUACCUGGUUCCAUCUGAUAUCACUGUGGCUCAGUUUAUGUGGAUCAUUAGGAAACGGAUCCAGCUACCCUCAGAGAAGGCAAUCUUCCUGUUUGUGGAUAAAACAGUCCCACAGUCUAGCCUAACUAUGGGACAACUUUACGAGAAGGAAAAAGAUGAAGAUGGAUUCUUAUACGUGGCCUACAGUGGAGAGAAUACAUUUGGCUUCUGAAGGCCAAUGCCCAAUUAGGUGCAUCUUUCCUGCUUGUGUAUCUUGUAAAUAGCCGGUCACUUUCAGUUAUUACACCAGACCCUCUUCACAUAGACUCAUAGUGCAUUUGUAACUGGAUUUAUUUCUUAAUAUAUUGAAAGGUCUUGUUUUAUUAGACUGGUAAAUUAUCAAAGUUUUAUUUUCAUUUUCUUUUCUUUGUUGUGCAUUGUCCUCAUGGCUGCAAGCUCCAAGGGACUCUGCUCCUCUGGAACUCGUAUUUAAUGAAGUUAUUUCAAUAUGGAGAUGAGGUAGUUGGGGGACUCAAGUGAAAAGGGGGAAGGUAACACAUUCUUCUGGAUUAUGUUUGUGGUGUCAGUUGGAUAAGUAUUAAAAGCAUCUAAGUUAAAUCCUUAGCAGUCAGGUCACUUGCUUCACUAGAUUAUUCCAACUGCCAAUCAUGUUGGACUGAGCUAAUCUGUUAUUUCUGAACUUUAUUGAGGUGAAUAAUUACAAUAAAAUUUCCUCUUACAAAGGCA